CCUUACACAACACAAACCCACGACACUCCUCUCUCUCUCUCUCUCUCUCUGACUUCCCUACUGCAUGGCGAUCAGGGCUCGAUUUCAAAAUUAGGGCACGCAAUCUCUCUCGAUCGAUGCGAUUUUCACGCGAUUAAGAUGUAAUCUUACACUGAUUUUCGAUCUUCUUAAACCAAUUUGCAAACCAUCUGAGUUUUUACACUUUCGAUUUGGGGAUUUUAGAUUUCUAGGGUUUCUUGUUGUUCCUUUUGUUUUCUUUUAGUCAUGAAGGGUGGUGGUCAGUCUGACAAGACCAAAGUGGUGGUCCGCCACUUGCCGCCGGGGAUUUCUCAGCCGAUGUUUGUCGAGCAAAUCGAUGUUGCUUUCUCUGGCCGCUACAAUUGGCUCUCCUAUCGUCCUGGCAACAACAGCCAGAAGCAUCAAUCAUAUUCUAGAGCCUAUAUUGAUUUCAAGAGGCCUGAGGAUGUUAUUGACUUUGCUGAGUUCUUUAAUGGCCACGUAUUUGUUAAUGAGAAAGGCACUCAGUUUAAAGCUAUUGUUGAGUAUUCUCCUUCACAGCGCGUCCCAAAACAGUGGUCUAAGAAGGAUGGUCGGGAAGGCACCAUAUCAAAAGAUCCUGAGUAUUUGGAGUUCCUUGAAUUAAUUGCAAAGCCUGUCGAGAAUCUUCCCAGUGCUGAAAUACAACUGGAGAGAAGAGAAGCAGAAAGAGCUGGUGCUGCAAAAGAUGCUCCCAUUGUCACACCUUUAAUGGACUUUGUUCGACAGAAAAGAGUUGCUAAGAAUGGACCUCGGAGGAUAUUGUCCAAUGGGAAACUGAGCAGAAGGGCUGGUGGCAGUGGAAGUCCUAGUUCAUCCUCAUUGAAACGAGGUUCUGAGAAGAAGAGAAUUUCAACAACAAUGUAUGUUUUAAGGGACACUGCAAAAAGCACAAGUGGAAAAGACAAAUCAACUUAUGUGCACGUUCCCAAGCGAGAUGAUCAGCAACUUUCUAAUGCUGUAACUUUGGGUUCUGGGUCUGGGACUGCAGUAUUAGAAGAUGAAAGCGUAGUUUCUGGAAUUACUGAUUCUGGGAAGAAGAAAAUCCUGCUUCUGAAAGGGAAGGAGAAGGAAAUCUCACUGGUUACUGGCACCAUGUCUCCGCAACAGAGCAUAUCAUCUCCAGAUAGAAAUAUGAUUAGUUCGACUGCUCUAAAGAGCCAGCGGCGUGAAACAAGUGGAAGGAUGAUCAGAAGCAUACUGUUAAACAAGGAUUCACGUCAUAUUCGAUCCUCUGGAGUCCAUUCUGAGCCACAGAUGCAAACCUCGAAUCUAGAGAAGGACAAACGUCCUCCUCGGCCUCCACAUGCACAGUUGGGUUUGAAGGAUGCAAAUGGAACACCAGAUGACAAGGUUGUUGGGAAUGAUUUACAUGGUUUUCCAAAUGAGAAGCAGGAAAAGCGCACCAGAAAUAAGGAUAGACCUGAUCGUGGAGUGUGGACUCCUCUCCGCAGAUCAGAUGGAUCCUAUGCAAGUGAUGAAUCCUUGUCAUCAUCUGCAAGUCAAUCCACACAGUCGGUGUUUGAUUCUUCACAAGGAAACCAUGGUGAUGUAAAAGUUGACACCUUGAAUUUAAGGAGUGGAGAAGUAAAAGUUCUUGGAAGUGGGCGCAGUAAUCAUUCUUCUUUAGAUAAUGGUUCACAUAAACAUUUUGGUCGUCGGGGACCAUCACAUAUUGUAAGGGAUGCUGAUGGCUCCACUGUUGAGGCAAAAACUCCUAAAAGAGGUGGUGCUUCUAGUUAUGGGUCCCAUGAGAAGCAAGUCUGGGUUCAAAAGUCUACUUCUGGUUCUUAGUGUUUUGAUAUGUACUUCUGCAGUGGAAUGUGUAGUCUCUGUGAAAUUUUGGAGCAUGCAGUUGCUGUAUGCUGGCGGCUGUCCCUUUUUGUUAAACAGAUGAUCAGGCUUGAAGUAUCGGCAGUGGAGAAGGUUUUUCUUUGGGAAACCUAGAAGAAAAUUCAAAGUUGACAUCAAUGAUGCAGGUAUUGAUGUAAUUAAUACUUGGGUUUGGUGAAAUCCCGAUCUUAGUCAAAGACAGCUCGGAAUAGGAGAAAAGGAAGGAGAAAAAGAUAUCAUUGUUAUAAUCGUACAUAAGACCACAGUUUUUGCCAGGGCAUCUAUCCCUUUACUGGGUUCUACUCAACGGAGCAGCCAUUUGUGUCCUCAUUCUUGCCAUUGACUGACUGGAUAUUGGGAUAUUCUCUACUUCUAUAGGUGGGUUCCCGUGGUUAAACUGUGUAUAUAUCACAGCAAAGUGUUGCUACCUUGAUUCCUUUAGUUGUUAUAUGUAUGUCUCGUUAAGCAGUCUGCCACACGCGGUUUUGUGAGUUAGGGCUACCUAUACUGGGUUCUUGUCGAAGUGAAGAAGGUGUGGGUCUUUUGCAAAGCUUGUUAUUGUUGUGAAUGGCUUUGACUGAUGAUAGGAUUUUAAAAGCGUGGAUGAAUAUUGUAAUUGGUAGGAACUAAUCGGUCUGUGUUGUAUGGCUGAAAUGGGAAAUUGCCUUGUUACAACA